AUGGCACACGGACACAGCGACCCCGAGCGCAGGAGAAGGAGGAAACAUUCGUCGUCUGCAACAUCCAGCUCUAGAUCGGGAUCGAAACAAGCGCACGUUUCGCAACCUGUCGUCCAGGUAAAUACGCAUGUACAUCCGUGUGCCGUUCAAGCAGCGUCAACACAUCGACCGAACUACCCAAUGCAGGCUGCGCAUCCUGGCCCGCCUCCACUCUAUCCGGGUGGCCCACCUGGGGCGCUGCAGCAUCCCGUCUAUGGUACGAUUCCACAACAUGCACCACAGCACAUGCAUCCAUAUGGGUCUCCGCCAUCGCAAUCUAUCCCACCCCAGAACAACCCUUCGGUGGCCCGCUUCGCAUCUCCUUCUCCUCAGCCUCCCCAGCCAAGGAAGCCAUCACGCGAAGAAGGCCCGUUUCAGCAGCAAUGGGACAGACUCGAUCGGAUGGCAGCAAAGUCGAACGCAGAUCUGCGACAAGGAACCUCGAAGCUGAUCACAAACUACAUUGAGCGACCCACGCAUGCUAUUGCAAUGAGGAGCAUGCAGACGCUGUGCCAAGGAGCAGCACUGUGCGAUGUCAUCAGCUCGAAAUUUGACGCAGUCAUCACUAGCAUCGACGACGACAAAUUCAGCGGGAAAGAGGAGGAUCUCAAAGUGUACGAGAACACGCAACAAAGAACGAGCCGUUCGAGCCCGCCACUCGAACCUCGAAAGGGAACCGCAGAGGAUCAAGUCUAUGAGGCACUGGGAGGCGACAAGGGCUCGAAUCAUUUCGCAAAGGUCUGGCUGUACUCGAAUGCCCGACUCCCACCGCACCUCCCGCCCUUCAAGGUCUACAUGCCGACGUAUCCGCUUCUGUGUCUGGCUGCCACGUACUCUGAGCGCGCCUACGUUGCUCCGGUGCCAAAGUCGAGAGAAGUUGAGAAUCAUGUUCCUGCCAAUUGGCGCAGUGGUACCAAGGCCAUGGUGCUGAAAUCCAUCCCGGUCGACGACAUGAACACGGUCGUCUUCGCCAUCCGCGGCAGCCAGACGUUCAUGGACUGGGCAGUGAACUACAACUCCGCGCCCACAAGCCCAGAGGGCUUCCUCGACGACCCGUCAAACUUUUGCCACGCAGGCUUUCUCUACGUAGCACGCAAGAUGAUCAAACCCGUCGCCGACCGACUUCGAGUCCUCAUCGAAGAAAAUCCCGCCCGCUCAAACUGCAGUCUCCUGAUCACGGGGCAUUCUGCGGGUGGUGCUGUUGCCGCACUUCUAUACGCACAUAUGAUGAGCAAAUCCGUCGACUCGGAACUCAGCUAUCUGACCGACUUCUUCAAACGUGUGCACUGCGUGACUUUCGGCGCACCACCCAUCUCGCGCUGGCCGCUGAAGAAAUCCGAAGAGCCGCGACACAAGAAGAGUCUCUUCUACUCCUUCAUCAACGAAGGAGAUCCCGUUCCACGGGCCGACAAGAGUUAUUUCAAAAGCCUCAUCAAGCUCUACACAACUUCGGCACCAUCUGCUUCGGCACUAGGCCAAACGAUCGCCAGCAUGUCGAAACUCAACCUCUCCGCCCCGCCGCCCUCCUCCCCACCCAAAUCCCGACUUCGUCUCCGACGCCCAAGCAAAUCCUCAUUCCAAACCACAUCUAGCGCAAACACCACCACCACCACCACCACCACCACAGCCGGCGUCGAGUGGCCCAUCCCGCCCUGUGAGUUGAGCCCUGCAGGCAGGCUGAUCGUAUUGCGGCAGCGGCCGGGGAGCCGCAGGGAAGACGACGUGGAGGCUGUUACUGUCGACGAAAGCAUGCUCCGCAAAGUCAUGUACGGCGAUCCGCUGAAACAUCAGAUGCUCGUCUACAAGAAGAGGAUGGACGAGGUGGCUAUCAAGGCGGUGACGGCGCACGAGUUGGGGUGA